CGCCCCUCACGCGCGGCGGGGCGGGGUGAAGGGUGACAGCCCCUCUGGACGCGCCAAGCCCGGCUCCUGCGCCGGAAGGAGGAAGGCGUGGGGCGUACGCCCUCUUGGAGCUGGGGAGUGGGUCCCGCGUCGGUGCGGGGUCACGUGACACCUCUGUCAGCGUGGAGGGGCGGAACCGCCCCCGUUCCCUUUCGGUCACGCGCUGCCGGAAGUGGUGGCCGCUGCGGAGAAUUUGAGAUGGGGACUUCCCUCGACAUCAAGAUUAAAAGAGCGAAUAAGGUUUAUCACGCCGGGGAAGGAUUGUUAAAGACAAUUACUCUAAAACCCAAACGAUCAUCUCCGGGCAAGGAACAGAAGUUCUGUCAAUGGGAAAGGAAAUACUCUCCGGUGUGGUGGUCAUAUCUAGUAAGGAUUCCAUCCAGCACCAAGGGGUGUCUUUGACAAUGGAAGGGACUGUAAACCUCCAGCUCAGUGCCAAAAGUGUGGGCGUGUUUGAAGCCUUUUAUAAUUCUGUUAAGCCUAUCCAGAUUAUCAACACCACCAUAGAAAUGGUGAAGCCGGGGAAAUUUCCCAGUGGCAAAACAGAAGUUCCUUUUGAAUUUCCUCUGCACGUAAAGGGUAACAAAGUUCUGUAUGAGACUUACCACGGCGUGUUUGUCAACAUUCAGUAUACACUGCGCUGUGACAUGAGGCGGUCCCUGUUGGCCAAGGACUUGACAAAGACCUGUGAAUUUAUCGUUCACUCUGCUCCUCAGAAGGGGAAGUUGACUCCGAGUCCUGUGGACUUCACAAUCACACCCGAAACCUUACAGAAUGUCAAAGAGAGAGCCUUACUCCCCAAAUUUCUCAUCAGAGGACAUCUCAACUCAACGAACUGUGUCAUCACGCAGCCGCUCACGGGGGAGCUGGUGGUGGAGAGCUCGGAGGCCGCCAUCAGGAGCAUAGAGCUGCAGCUGGUGCGCGUGGAGACCUGCGGGUGUGCGGAAGGCUACGCCCGCGAUGCCACAGAGAUUCAGAAUAUCCAGAUUGCUGAUGGGGAUGUUUGCAGGAGCCUCUCGGUCCCCAUCUACAUGGUCUUCCCCAGGCUGUUCACCUGCCCUACGCUGGAGACCACCAACUUCAAAGUCGAAUUUGAGGUGAACAUUGUUGUGCUCCUUCAUGCUGAUCACCUCAUCACUGAGAACUUCCCAUUGAAGCUCUGCAGGACAUAGCCCGGGAGGAAGGAAGCACAGAAAACAAGCAUCACCGUGUGGAAAUCCAGCUGGGUUCUGACUUUUUCAGGGAGCUACAACCAGCAGCAUGUACUUGUUUCUGUGAUUAUUUUGUAUCAGAAAUGAAAUGGACUCCUUAAAUUACAGUUACUUUUCUUCAUUUCCUUGAGACUUCUGCUUCCACCAGGAGCCUCUAAUCAGACAUUCUCUUUGAAAUUUAACAGGAUUUCUUAAUGCUAUUUGUAAGAUCAUUUCACAGAAAACAUUUCCUAUGGCUCCUCCUGACUUACCUGUUCCUUUUUAGGCCCAGGGAAACACUUGUGACAAUUUGUGCUUUUCUAGAAAAUGAGAUCAUGGGGAUAACAGGAAACUCUCUCCAACUUGCUAAUGGAUCAAGCUUGGAACGCCCCACUGCAAAGUGUCUGUGGCCAGGCCACAUCCAGGACGGCUAUAAGCAUAUUCAUUGCUUAGGAAGUCUGUAGAUACCCUCCAAGGAGGAGUACAGAGGUUUGGUUUGGUUUUGUUUUCCACUCCAAUCUAUAGUUCUUUUUAUAUUUUUCACUAUAACUUCAGAAUUUUCAGGGAAUUGGAAAAAAGUGAUUCUUGGUCUCAUAGAACUGAAGGAAUUUGGCUGGUGCUGGAGUAUUCCUGAAGUCUCAAGAACUGGCAUAAAAUCUCAUGCUGCCAUAUAUCUUGAAUAUAUUUAAAUGAAGGUUAUGUAAGGGGGGAAAAUGUAUCAUUGCUCCUGUUGUUAUUGGGUGUGUUCUGAAUGACAGGAGAUCCAUGCCCAAGGUUUGUUGGCGAAGGCCUGUCUACUAAGGGUGGUGCCAGGAAAAUUUCCUUGAAGUGAUAAACUUGGCCUGCAUCUGACCCUCCUGGGGUACCUGUGUUUUGAGCCAGGGUUAUUUUUUGGUCUUGAAGCCAGUUUUUCCUCAGUCUCCCUUUGUGAUUUGAAGUAUAUAGUGAGUCUGUUGCAUUACAUUUCUUCCUUCAAAUUCUGCUCACAAUUAAUGGAACCUCAAAAUAACCCAUGCCACUUUGCACACUGUCAUAGUCCUUCUGGGCAGGCCUGGGCAAGGUCAGCUUAUGCUGAAGGCCUCCUGGGCUGUACUUCCAUUGUCCUGUAACAGUGACAGGUGACUUGUAAUGCUGCAGGUAAUCAAUCCUGAUUUAGGCACUGCUUUAUCCUAGGGCUUCACCAUUGAAAUUGAUAAAACUUACUAUCUGAGUCAUUUGAAAGUUGGUUCCCAGAAAAUACAUUUCUGGCUUAUAAAUCUCCACUUUAUGUUCACAUGACAUUAAUAAUUAUGUCUUUGAUGAUUGUUUAAACUGAGUAGCAGAAAAUAAAGAGGCCAUACUUUCUAGGAAAA